AUGCCGGGGUGCAUUUCUUCUUCUCUUGGUCCACUGAGCUGUCAGCUGAACGCCAACAGUUCAAACACUCUCUCGUACCCCAUCACAACGACGUAUCCCGUCACACCAUCGUACCCCGUCACAACGACGUACCCCGCCACAACGACGGUUCCCAUAAAGACGAGCUCCUACGUGGACCUGAGUGACGACUUCCGGUACUGGUUCACCUUGGUCGUGACCAUCGUCACUUCCGGUGUGGUCAGCCUGCUGGGCAUCGUGUCCAACGUGACGAACAUCCUGGUCUUCAGGAAACAAGGUCUCAAGGACAGCGUCAACAUUUCUCUAUUCGCCCUGGCCGUGGCUGGACUCUUCUGCGUGACCUUCGCCCUCUGGUCAUCCAUCUGUAACGUCCUGGACGUCCUUGACCCUCCAGGGAUCUUUAUGGUGUAUAUCAGGAAAGGGACCCCCAAUCAGUUGUUUAUUACGCUAUUCUUCAUCUGUCUACCAAUCAUCAACUUCCUCGCCAUUCUCUGCUGUACUGUUAUCAUGAUCGUGGUACUGAAGAGCGCCAUAAAAUGGCGGACUUCCGCUCGACUGGGAUCUCAAUCCAAUCUCAAACAAAAACUGCUAAACACUAUUCCAAAAGGACUCGAACCCAACAUUGUUUCCAGCGAACCCGAACCCAACCCUACUACCCAAUGCUCUAGACCCAACCCUGGAGCCGACACGAAAGAGGUUCGAACCUCCAAGCUUGUCUUGACAGUGAUGAUCGUUUUCAUCGUCUGCAACACUCCUAGCAAUGUGCUGGUCGCUGCCAGAGAAGUGGUCAGCGAGUUUCAGGAGAGUGGCCGUCUGCAGAACUUGUACUACUGCAUGCAGGCUCUGGCCUUUCUCUGUGAGACCGUCAACUCUAGUGUCAACAUCUUCACCUACUACGUCAUGAGUUCAAAGUUCAAGGCCACCUUGUUGAGUAUGGUUUAA